UUUAGGCUGCCGGAUGUCUGAUCUCCGGAUAACUGAGGCGUUUCUGUACAUGGAUUAUCUGGCUGUACCUGCAAGUAUAAAAAUUCGUGUGUCAGUGGGGAAGAUCUGGGGAGAGAGGUAGAUGGAUCAGCACAAAUCCAUCACAAUUUGCAGAAUAAAAACCAGCUAAGCAAGCAAGCAACCAACCAACCAAGUACAAAAACUCACGAUGUGCUACAAAUAACACAGCCCAUAGGUUCUAGCAAGUCUAGACAUAGAUCUGUGAAGGCUGAUGUAGAGGCUGCUGGAUCAGAGUUUAUCUAGGGUGGAGAUCCAUUCUUUACUUGAGAAUGUCUGAAUGUAUCCAGAUCUCAUUUGCUGUUUGUAGAAUUGGCAUUUACACGUGUUUUAGAGCACUCUGCUGCAAGGGACCACCACCUGCUCGACCAGAAUAUGACCUGGUUUGCAUAGGCCUCACAGGCUCUGGCAAGACCAGUCUGUUGUCAAAGCUCUGCAGUGAAAGCCCCGACAACGUCGUGUCGACCACAGGUUUUAGUAUAAAAGCAGUGCCAUUCCAGAAUGCCAUCUUGAAUGUAAAAGAACUUGGAGGAGCUGAUAAUAUCCGGAAAUACUGGAGCCGCUACUACCAAGGGUCUCAAGGGGUGAUAUUUGUAUUAGACAGUGCCUCUUCAGAAGAUGACUUAGAAACUGCUAGAAAUGAACUGCACUCAGCUCUUCAGCACCCACAGUUAUGCACUUUACCCUUUUUAAUAUUGGCCAACCAUCAAGACAAGCCAGCGGCUCGAUCAGUACAAGAGGCAUGGAAAACCAAAAUGGUCAAAAAAUAUUUUGAACUUGAACCACUUGCACGUGGAAAACGCUGGAUUCUGCAGCCCUGCUCGCUGGAUGACAUGGAUGCACUGAAAGAUAGCUUCUCUCAGCUGAUAAAUUUGUUAGAAGAAAAAGACCACGAAGCUGUAAGAAUGUGAAAUCUGGCAAAGACAACGGGUUCCCAAAAGGCCUUGAACCUAUCAUAUUAGUUUCUCAUUUUAAUUUUAUUUUGGUAUCAAGACUAUAAUGGCUUCAGUAUCUAUUUUCCACUAGUUAUUUCAGGCUCUCAUCUCUCUUAUUAAGUGAAUAUUCUGUAAAUCAGGUGAAUUAUCAUCGGCAUUAACGUCAAGUACGCACUACUGAGAGAGAAUUUAUUCUCUGUUUACCACUAAUUAUCUUCACCGCAUGUCUCUUCCUUCUGUUGUUCUAAGCGUCUCUUCUAUACUCUGCUAAAAUGGAUGGAAUUCGUGGCUCACGGAAAUUAAAUCCCUUAUGAAGGACUCAGGGAGACUCAGAACCUUGACUCAUUUUCCCUGGGUUUGGGGUAGAGUGCUGUGUGACUGGGACUUCCCGAAAUAUGUAUAUCAUUUUCAAGAUCUCUUGGGGUUUUUAUUGUAUUUUAUUAUGUCUUAUUUUAUUUUUUGGUUUUUUAUAUACAGGCCUUAUCGAAUAUGAGAGAAAAAUGCACACCAAAAGCUUCAAUUACCUUAUAAAAAAGAAAUAUCCUGCCAUAGUAAAAUUAACUUCAAAGAGCUUAAAGAUGCAUAAUGUUUCCUUGAUGACAUCUGAAGUCUCACUCUCUUCUCUCUUUUAAAAAAGAGCAAAGACAUUGUUUUAAUUUUUGAGAAGAGUUAGAGGAAAUUAAGGCACAAUGCACACAUCACUGGUUACUAUGUCAUCAAGUCCUCAAAUAUUUUUUUAAUGGAAAGAUUACCCUGCAUAAAAUCAAGCUGCAACAUAAUAUAGCUAUCUUUUUCUAAAAGUCUUAAGUAUUUGAUUGAAAGAGAGAAAAUAAUUUUUAAAAUAGUAGGUAAAAUUUUUAAAAACAGCCAAAUGAAGUAUAGUUUGUACUGGCUAGGGUUUAAGCUGGCAUGAAUUUGACAAAGAUAACAAAGACAGAAUCAUCUAUAUAUUCAUUCAUUAAGUGCUAAUGUCGUUUAAUGGAGUCUGUUAAUGUCUCCAUCUAGUAAUUAAAGGUCUAUCAGUAUUUCUAUUAUAAACCUCUAUUUUCAGGGGUUUCAAUGUGCCCUUAAAAAUGUGCUGGGGCUGCAGCAAGUAAGUAAUUUUAGGGCCCAGAUUUAGUCUUUAGAACUAAUUUUUUUUUCAUUUAAUUUAAAUGAUAAAAUUACUAGAGAUAAAUGUACAGUUUAAUAAAGUUUGGCGCCUGUGAUCUUUUCUAAAUCAGGAAUAAUCAAUGGAUAUUGAGGUUUAUGGAUGAAGUGCUCUUUGGCAUAUUUUGUAGAUUUUUGACCACUUAAAAUACAAAGUGGCCAAAUGUUAGAAAACUGCUCCCUUCACCUGAGCAAUAAAAACAUGUUUGUAAUUUUUAGGCAGCGUAGACUUUGUCCUGAAUAUCACAGACUCACACUCUUGCAGGGUGAUGUAACACCUUGUAAUUCUCCAGAAGAGAUACGUCAUUCAAAUACAACUUUUGUGAUUUAAUCUUGUAGCUGGCUUUUAAUGAAAUCAUUACCUUUGAAACAUCGAACACCUCGUUAAGCUUUUUUUUUAAUGAAAUGGAUCAAAAAAGAUUCAUAUUCAAUUUUGUCUACAGCAUCCUUGAAUAUUUUUACACUAUGUAAUCCGUGAGCAGCACAAAACUUUUACUCCAAUGACUGGUUACACAAUUCCUGCUUUUAUUUUGUCCCGUUGUGCUCAUCUCCUAUGAAAAAUAAAUGAUUAUUAGGC